AUGGAGGAAUACGAUUUGGUCAAUAAAGUGCCUGAAUCCCUGAACAUAAGUAUUGCGCCAUUUAUUAAAAUCGGAAAUGGUUACUACUAUAUUGAAACGAGGCUAGAAAAGAACUGGUUUGAUGCCUAUGAGACGUGUCGCCGCAUAAAUGCCGACCUGAUUGCAUUCGAGACCAUCGAGGAAUGGGACUUUGUCAAUCAGUAUCUCAUAAAAAUGAACAUCGCUUAUGUAUACUGGACCGCAGGCAAUGACUUGGGCAAUGAGGGGAAACAUAAUUGGUUCUCAACUGGCAAGCCCCUGACAUUGGAUAUCUGGUAUCCAACGGAGCCAAAUAAUUAUGAUGGAAUAGAGCAUUGCGACUUAUUUGGUGAUAGACGGGGCAGUAACGCAAGUUACAAUGAUUUAAAUGCCAGGCCUUGCAUCAUGCAGAGGCACUAUAUUUGUGAAGCACCUCAGCCAAAAACAGCAUCGUUUAUUAUAUGGUUAAACUUUCAAAUGUCUUAAAAAUAUAAAUAAUUUGUUGCUUUUCCAUCAAAAUUUUACUUUUUAAUGAAUAAUAAUUAACAAUUUCCCAGUAAGCUCUAUUGGCAUUUUCAAACUCCCGCUCUUAUUUAAAAAGUGACCAGUCGUUGCCAUGACAUGUCAACCUCAUUGGCCCAAUACACCAUGCGUAACAUAAUAAAAUUCGACAGCUUCGCACAAAAGUAUCGAUACAUAUUGUUUUAAAGUAUAGAGUAUCACAUCCCUAGUUUGCCUAAUCAGAU